GUUCUGCUCAGCCUCCCUGUGGGUUCCUCUGCAAACAAGCUCACAGGCCUUCAGGCGAAUCAAUGGCGAGUGGACAGCUGUCGAGGGCGGAGGCGUUGGCAUGCUCAGGCUGCAGGCAUGCAUGCCAUGUGAUGCUCUACUGUGACACGAGUACUCAGCUGUUUGGGAGAAUUCCCAUCAGACACAUCAUUCUGAUGCAGAUGCGCUUUGACGGUCUGCUGGGUUUCCCUGGCGGGCUCGUAAACCCGUCGGAGGAGACGCUGGAGGCCGGGCUCAGCAGGGAGCUGUCGGAGGAGGUGGGUGUAGCUUUACCUAUAAAUGUCGAGGAUCACGUGGAGUCCUGCUACGCUCCUGCUACCUCGUCCUCCUCCUCCGCCUCCUCCUCCCGCCGCCUCAUCACCCACUUCUACGUGAAGAAGAUGGAGGAGGAGCAGAUUAGGGAGGUGGAGAGAGCGGCUGCAUCCACUGCGACGGAUCACGGGCAGGAGGUUCUGGGGAUGGUCCGGGUGCCGCUCUACGCCAUGAAAGGCGGCGGAGGCCUGGCGUCCUUCCUGUCGCACUCGUUCAUCGGCAACGCCCGCUCGCAGCUCGUCGACUCUCUGUCGCGCCUCGGCCUGGUUUCCCCGGCGGAGCUGCAGCGAGCGCUCGACAAGUCUCUGGAGACGCAUGCAAACGCUGCAGAGCACCUGAGAGCCGAGGCGCAAAGGAAACGCUUUUGAAACUCACCUGCGUCGGAAACAUCCUGUCAAACACUUGCAUGAUUUGACCCUCAGAGCAACUCAAACCUUCACACACUUAAUCCUGCACACACACACACACACACACACACACACACACACACUCUGUCAUGCUGAUUCUGAGCCGGUGACUCAUAAUUGCAACCUGUGCAUCAAACACUCGGUGGGGAGGGGAAACAUUAUCAUCUCUGUUAAUGGAAAUAAAGUUGCUGUCCAACAGCUUCUCGGCCCUUUGAA